CACCACCACACUGCCGUGCUGCUCCUCGGCUUCGCGCUUCUUGUUCCCGCCUGGCGCCCGCGCAGCGCAUAAGAAGCGGCGCCAUGCAGCGCGGCGACCCCGCCAUCUCCUCGCCGCUGCCCGCCUCGCCCGCCUCGCCCUUCCCGCCGCGUCCCUCUGCCAGCAUGACCGCCGCGCCCGCGCCCUCGCCGCUGCGUGCGCUGCUGCACCCCACGCGCACCUCGUCCAUCCCCGCACACCUGGCGCCGUCGUGCUUCCGCAUCGUGCUCCUCGCCGCGGCGCUCGGCGCGCUGGCCGGCGUGGCGCUGCCGCACGCGCUGGCCCUCUUCGCGCCAUCGACGCUGGCACGCGCCGUGCUGGUCCUGCCCAGGGGUGCGAGCGCAGCGACGAUGUGGCCGCCGCAGCUGGCCAUGUAUCUGGCCGCCUGGGCCAUCUUCCACCUCCUCGAGUUUGAGAUCACCGCCGGCUGGAACGGCACGCGCCUGAUGGAGGACUCGUUCCUGCUGCAGAAUGGCAUCGGCUACCACCUGGCGCACCUCUUCGGGCUCUUCGAGUUUGCCGUUUCUGCGUAUUUCUACCCCUCCCUCGCGCAUGUCGGCUGGUGGAGCUACCUCGGCCUGGCGGUGAUGCUCUUUGGCCAGGCGAUGCGCAGCCUGGCAAUGGUGCAUGCGUCGAGCAACUUCUCGCACGAGGUGGCGCACGCCAAGCGCAACGACCACCAGCUCGUCACGUCGGGCGUGUAUGCCUACGUGCGGCAUCCCUCCUACGUCGGCUUCUUCUACUGGGCGCUCGGCACGCAGCUGCUGCUCGGCAACCCGCUCGCCGCGAGCAUCUUCGUCGUCGUGCUCUGGCGCUUCUUUGCGCACCGCAUCGUCGGCGAGGAGGCGAGCCUGCGCAAGUUCUUCCCCGACUACGACGCGUACAGGGAGCGCGUGGGCAGCGGCCUGCCCUUCAUUCGCUAGCUGAGGAAUGCAUCGUCUAGUGGGUCCGCACAGGCAUGCUGCACCGCGAGUGCCAUGCGUAGCGCAGCCUGCCGACGCAGUCCCGCUGCUCCAGUCUCACUCACGAUGCCGAGACGCUUGUUCUAUCACAUCGUUGCCGGCCUCUCCCUUCAUGUGUGGCCUCAGCCUCCUCCGAAGGCCGGUGACGAGGCCUGUCCCCACCUCCCGACCUCGCCACGGGUAUCUCGCCCUCUCCAGCGCGCGCUCCUCUGCGCUUCCGCCGCAGCGCGCCUCCUACGCCCGGCCUAUGGCGGAGCUGCGCGGCCCUACUUCGUCACG